AUGAUAGCAUCAGUGAAACUUGAAGAUCUCUCGUCGUCUGCCAGUGGAGAACUCACGAGGAGACCCACAACAACGCGCGAGCUUAUCAAGCGCUUACAGGCUGCUGGUCAGGAAACAGGGCAAGAAAAAGCGCUCCAGGCUUUGGCGACUUGCAUGGUCGAUAUUUUCAAAGAUGAGAAAAAGCCAUCUUACUCAAAUGAGGCCUCGCAGCUGUCAACAAUUUUAUCCGAUGCCGUGACUGAUGGUCUUCUGGAAGCGUUCAUAAACGCGAUCAGCCAAGGCGCUAGCGACAAUGACCUUGUUGACCCCCGUUUACUCAUCGAUCUAUGCUACGUUCUUCGAAAUUCCAAUGACACCUUUUCGAAACACCAUUUGCUGAAACCGUUGCUUACCAACCUUCACACACGAAUUAAGGGUGCAGAUUGCGCGCUCGAGAAACAAUACCAACUGAUUUGUACCCUUGGACAUUUGCUUGACGCCAUGGUCGAUAUCAAGAUAUCAGGGAUUAGCCGAGAAAGCACACAUGAACCGCUCUUGAGCAAACUCAGAUCGCUUCGCAAUCAUUCGGAGCCUCGCUUGGCGCAAGCGUCUCGUUAUGCACAUGAAGCUUUGCGCGGAGUUCCUGAUGAUGAAGGGCAAUGGCAGGCCAUUUGUCGCUAUAGCUGGACGGUCCUGGAACCAACUGCAAAUAUUGCAGGUGCAAUAUCCACCAUGGAUCCUACAAAGGCAUUAGAUGCGACAUCAAACAUAUUGAGAUUACUGAAGAAUCUCAGCAGUAAAAUUGAAGCACGCAAGGACAUGUAUACAGCGUCAGAAUCGCUUCAGUACUUAUUUCUUCAGACCCUGGGCUAUUUGCCAAAAGAAAAGCUGUGGUACGGGGCACUCAGAUAUAGCGGGAUACUCAUUGAGGAUCGUGAGUUGAACACAUUGAAGGAACUUCUACCAGAACUGAAGUGUCUGAAGAAUGAAUCUUUCUGGUGUGGUCUCUACGCACAACUUGAGCAGAGUUGGAAGAAGCAUGAAGACAUGAGAGACGAAGUUGAGACUUUCAUUGAGUGGACACUAUACAAAUUUCCGGUCGGGGAAAGCUGCCCAAGACAGGUGGGGAAAGAAUUUCCAAGAUUCCAAUCCUGGAUUACGCUUGUCGCCAAUACCCUUGGUAGGCCGGAUUGGAAGAAGGACCAGCGGCGCCCAUCUUGGAGGAAUCGCAUUUUCAAGAACACCGAACAUAUGCCCACGCUAGCGAUCUUUUGCAAAUUGGAACAACCCAAUGAUCUCAACCACGAUAGUCUUCUUGACAAAGCCUGGUCUAAAUGCAAAAAGGCGCAAGCAUUCUUUGCUCAAGUGACCGCAGCAGAGCAUUAUACGAAGGGGAGGCGUCUAGAGAUCACUCGAAUAUCUGGAGCUCUACUUCCAAUGGAGCGGUGUUACAUCAAUCUUGCGAUCAUAGAAUCUUCGGUGAAGGAUAGGAAGUCUCUUGAUCCGAUGACCCAACGUCAAGCCGAACUUUCACUGUUCGAGCAGCUCAAGGUUGCAAGACCCGAGAAAGAGAAAGAAUUAUGUUUGGAAGACCUAUUCAAUCAGCGGACCCUACGAAACGGCGAGUCAGAUCGGCCAAAACGAGUGCUGAUCCGAGGGAGAGCUGGUGUUGGAAAAACCACACUUUGUAAAAAGAUAAUGCAUGAAUUUCACCACAACCAAAUGUGGAAAAAUGAUUUUCAGCAUGUCUUCUGGAUUCCUCUACGAAGACUCAAAGGACAGGCUAAUCUGGAGGAAUUCUUGAGACAAGAGUAUUUCCUACUAGAUAAUGACAAGGAGAUUUUAGUCCAGGCUCUGCUGGGACUUGUGUUGGAUCAAAGAAGAACUCUCCUGAUAUUGGACGGCCUUGACGAGAUUGUGGGGGAGAAAAGCGGAUUUGGAAAUGAAGUGACUCAACUCUUCCGGGGGCUGUUUGAUCGUGAGAAUAUAAUUGUUACUUCAAGGCCAUAUGCCGCUGUCUCUGCCGGUGGGAGAGAAUUUGACCUGGAGUUGGAGACUAUUGGAUUUCGCCCCCAAGAAGUCAAGGAAUACAUCAGGAGUGUCGUUGACCCCGAGUCAAGUGAUAACAUCAAGCGAUUCAUUGAGCGAUACCCAAUCAUACAGGGAUUAGUUCAAAUUCCCAUUCAACUGGAUGCACUAUGCUUCGGCUGGGAUGAGAAAGAUGGGGACUUCUUACCCAAUUCUCAAAAGACAAUGACCACCCUAUACCAGGCGAUCGAAAAGAAGUUGUGGCGAAAGGAUAUGCAACAGUUGCUCGGAAAGAGUCCCUACGAAACCCAGCGAUAUCGGGAACUGGGUCAGAUCAAGAAGGAAUUGAAUACAGAAGUUGAGGCGAUAGAAACAUUGGCAUUCUACGGCCUUGUCAACAACGUCAUUGAGUUCCAACCUCUGCACCUAAAGGCUCUAUACACCCAGUUUCCACAACUAAACGAUGGGCAUCUAAACAAGAUCUCUUUUCUGCGAACCUCCGAUACGUCCUCUGAUUAUAUGAAGAACUAUCACUUCCUCCAUCUCACCUUCCAGGAAUUCUUCGCUGCGCAGUAUUUUAUCCGAUUUUGGAUCGAGGACAAGUCAAUACCCUUCACCAACAUUUCCUCGAAUGGAUCGAUCACAACUACCAGCAUCAUUCCCGAGCAAUUUCUUCGACGGGAGAAGUACGCACCGCGCUAUAAUAUCAUGUGGCGAUUUGUGGCUGGGCUGCUGUAUUUCACAAACAAAGAGAAACUAUUGGAUUUCAUGAAUAUUUUGGAUGGUGAACCGCGUGAUGUCUUUGGUCCUGGACAUCUGCAGAUUCUCAUGCACUGCUUCAGUGAGACGGCUGCUACGACUGUUCCUGAUUAA